UCGAGACUCGAGAGCCGAGAGGUAAGAAGACAGAAAAUGGCGGCUAUGCGAGAAACAAUGUGUUAUUUUACAUAAUAUUUCAUCUUCACCCUAUCUUGUAAGAAAUUGUGCCAUGCAACACAACGAGAAAGGAGGCUAAUUUCUUAGCGUUACUUAAAUUUUAAAGAUUUGGUUUUAUCGCUUAUUCGAGGAUUGGGUUAAUUUCAACGAUACAACUCUGAUCUUGCCUUGUCGAAAAUGGACGACUAUCCAGAACUAAAUAGUCUAUUGUCAAUGGUACAACAAAACGAUACACACAAGAAAAUGAUGGCCAGCGAAGAGUUGAAGAAGUAUCUGAGUAAUCCUCUAAGUCCGCUUACUGCUGAUGCGAUCGAUUGCCUUGUCGACAACUUUAAAAUAUGGAUAAACAGUGGAAAUUAUAAGAUCAGUGCUAGUGGUUUGGAAUUAUUUACAAUUCUUAUUAGAAGAGGUGGAAAAUCUGUAAAAUUGAAUUUGAAUAAAGUUGUCCCUAUAAUCAUUGAUCGCCUUGGUGAUAGCAAAGCAGUGGUUCGAGAAAAUUCGCGAUCAUUCCUUCAGGAACUAAUGCACUCAUUCACCCCUCAGGUUGUGUUAGAUUUGUUGAUACCAGCAUUUUCUCAUAAAGGCUUUAAAGUUCGUGAAGAAGUUAUGACAUGUUUCAUGGAUUCAAUCAAUGUAUUUGGUGUAACCAAUUUGUCUAUAUCAAAGUUCACCCCUCAUAUAUGCAAAUUAUUGGGUGAUGCCAACAGUCAGGUGCGGGAUAAUGCCAUUCGUACUCUUGUUGAAAUAUAUCGACAUGUUGGUGAAAAAGUUCGCAUUGAUUUAAGUAAAAGAGGAAUUCCACCUACAAGACUUUCAUUGAUCAACUCAAAAUUUGAUGAAGUGUUAAAGUCUGGUACUAUGAUUGCUUCGGCUACGGACGGUCCACCAAAAGCGAAUGGGGAUGUACAAGAACCCGUCAAGAGGCGAGAAGCAAGUGUUAAACUGAAGAAAUCAAAUUUGCGAAAUGAAGCAAAAAGCGAAGGAUCCUCAACAUCAGGACUUGCUGCGGGUGCUGUCGAUGAAAAUGAUUUUCUUCGAGCAUACACGGAUACUCCAACUGUCCAGAUUGGUUCGGCCAGAGAGUUGAGUGAUGCGUUAACAAAGAUUUCCAACGCGUUAUCAAGUCCAUCAGAUGACUGGGAGGAACAUGUUGCAGCAUUAAAAAGAGUCCGUAGUUUGGUGGACGGAGGUUCGCUUGAUUUUGACUUUAUGACACAAUUGAAGCCUUUGGAAGGUGCUUUUAAUGCAGCUGUCAAAUCAUUGAGAUCUGCUGUGGCUAGAGAGGCAUGUGUGACAUUGAGCUAUCUUGCUACAAAACUUGGCAAUAAAUUUGGUCCAGUCGUAGACUGUAUUCUUCCAACGGUAAUUGACCUAAACGCGAACACUGCGACUAAGGUAAUGGCUUCGUCUGGGGAUACAUGUGCAAAGAUAAUCAUUAAGAACACCCAUUAUCCCAGACUUAUUCUUCACAUUACUACUCGAAUGGCGUCAAGAUCAACACCUGUCCGAAUUCGUUGCGCAGAUUAUGUUGUGCUACUUUUGGAAUAUUGGGAACUGCAUUAUCUAAAAUCACAUGUUGAUGAAUUAGAGAAGGUUGUUCGAAAUGGCUUAAGUGACGCAAGUUCUGAUGUCCGUGCAAUUAUAAGAAAGGCGUUUUGGCAAUUUUCGAAAUUAUUUAAAGACAAGGCAGACAAAAUGUUCAAUGACUUAGACAGAAGCAAACAAAAACUACUUGAAGUUGACAAAAAGUCUUCUGAUAUUGAUCAUACAGUUGAAAAAUCGACGAGUUCUUCUCGCGGGUCAAUAAGAACUCGACCGACCAGUGCGACUUCAAGAGUAACGAGGACUGAUGUAGUCACUAAUAAUAAACCGACAAGAUUAAAUUCAAGAGAGGCCUCACCAGGACGUCGAGCGUUACCUGGUAAGAAAAAUAACUCUUCAACUCCCAGUCGAAUGGUUGCUAGAUCAGUCAGUAGUGUCGAUGCUCGUGCAGCUGAACGAGCGCGCAUGCGUCGUAGAUCAAGAACAGAAGAUGCAGUUAAACCGUCAAACUAUGCACCAAGUGAUGUUAGACCUAGACCAUCACGGUCUUCAUCGAAAGUCGUUCAUCGAGGAUACAUGUCACAACCUGCUAGUCGCUCUACUUCACCUUCACGCCUCCAUUUUAUGUUUUCACCGAAAGAAAGAUCAAACGUAUAUUCUACUAUGGCAAGUCCUUUAAGAUCAAAAAUACCGACACCAAAUUCCCGUUCUGCAUCACGAUGCAACUCACGUGCCAGUAGUCGUGAUCCUAGCCCUACACGUGAUCGUGGUUUACGUAGUUUCAGUAGCAGUAGCUUACAUGGAAGGAAACCAUCUCAUGUGAGGAGACUGGAUGCGAAGGAUUUUACCGAAGCUGCUGUUUGGGAUGCUUUGUCGAAAAGUCCACGACCGCGAAAUUACUCGUUUAAUUCAACAUGUUCUGAAGAACAAGAUGAAGGCAGUGAUACAUCUAGUGUACACUCAGAUAGAUCAUCUUCUGUUAUGACAACUCUGGAGACCGCCAAAAAACUUAUCCUUAAUCACUUGAAGAAAGUUGACAAUGAUCCUAGGGCGUACAUUUCAAAGUCCGAUGUAUCAAACGCAAAACCGCCAUCCUCUCCUGGUCGCCUUGGUUACCGUAGUAUUCCUCUCGCAGCGCCAAGACAUUCGAGCAAUGGCGAUGAUCCGGUUGCAUCUGUAGAUGUUGUUUCCAAUGCACUUUCCCCGUUACAACGAGAGGAUAGUGCAACAUCUCUACGCUCGAAUGAAAGCUCUGAAUCCUUAGAAGGAAAGAAAGCAUGUGGAAACCCCCCGGAAAAUUCACCGAGUAUUACGUCAUCUGGUUAUCAUAGUGAUGAGAUUCAUACAAAUGAUACAGUAAUUAAUAACAGCUCACGUCAUGUGUUACAUUCAGAACCGAAAUUACCCACAAGUCCCUCCUUCUCUGUCUCUAAAAAUACUGAGUACGAUGCUUCUCGCUAUCAAGAUGAAACAUCUCGUGUUUCGACCGAUUCAAGUGUAAAUGGUGUUGAUACCGUACAAGAUAAUGUGACAGUAUCCCUAUCGAAUGAAUCGUCUGAUACAUUUAAUAAAGCUAUUCAUGAUGAUGUUGAAUCAAUUCGUCAGCUGUUGUUGAUCCUUCUCUCUGACACCAAUAUCGAUGUGAAACGGAAUGCCUUGACGGACCUUUUGAAAAUGGCUAGGGAAUCUUCACCAAGUUUGUGGGAGAGUCAGUUUAAGGACAUUUUAAUGUCUGUAAUCGAUAAAAUGAAGGAUCCAGAUUUAAGCUUCAAUCAGAGCUCUUGCAGUGCGAGUUAUCCGUGAUAUGGUCAAAGCUCAGCCUUAUAGCUUGAAUGAACUCAAUGGGCUUGUUAUAUCCGAAAUAUAACAUCUACACAAGGAUAACGAUAAAAACGUGAGUAUAGAUAAGAUAGCUACAUUUUAUUGAAAGUUACUGAAAUUUUGGUUUAAGGUUGCUUUUGUUGUCGACUGUUAAAUUGUCCAUAUCAUUUGUGGAGGGUUUUACGGAGUCUGAAAAUUUCCGUAAAAAUUCUCAGAUAUAUGUUGAUUUUGUUUAAUAGUUUUUGUUAUUAAAUCUUUUAAUAUCGACGUUAUGUUAAAGUACCGUCAUGGGAAUCAGAAGAGACUAAGAUAAAAUAUACGUUAGAUGUUUGUAGGUGUUAGUGCAUAAUUAGUGUAUGAUGGGUAAAGUGCGCUGAUAUAUAAAUUUUAAGAUACGACCUUUUGUCGAAAUUGUCAUUUAUACUGAGUUUAAUGCGAUGUUGGUUGUAUUCAUUUUAUAUACAUAUCAGUAUAGAUUUGCCGUUGUAGUGCUUUUUUAAAAUUUUACAACUGUCGACUGUUUUACUCCGUAGAAUUAGUCUUUAUUUUAUUGAAUUCAUUAGUGACUCUAUUGAAUCGUUAGUGACUCGAGUUGCUAAUUAACGGUUCCAUAGACUUGUAUAGUCCAUGUCAUUGUUUCGUUGUUGUUCUGUUUUAUCCUGCAUAAAUUUCAUACACUAUACAGAGAGUCUGUGACGUUAAUAUAACGUCAGAGUAACAAUUUACAUGUGUUAUGUUGACUCACAGUAACUACAUCAUUAUAUAUUAUAUUGAUUAUGUCAUAUAUUGUAAAUAGCAAUUAUGUCAUAUUAUAAAAUAAACAAAA